AUCGCUACCCACGCGCUCCGGGAGAUCCUCUUCGCCUCCUUUCUACGCCCGCAACCCCCGGUGGUCCUGCUCCUCCCCAGCUGCCCCUCUCCGCUCUGCGUCGGACGGCCGCCCUAGGCCCUGACGGCUGCCGCCAUGGGGCUCUCCGACUUUUGCUCAAAGCUCUUCGCGUCCUGCUGCGGAGGCCGCUCAAAAGAUAGUAUCUAUGACCCGGUGCUCGCUGAUAGCGAGCGGGAGGCUGUUGCCGACCUCUUGGGCUUCCUGGAAAAUCGUGCCGAAACAGACUUCUUUUCCGGCGAGCCCCUCCGCGCGUUAAGCACCCUCGUAUACUCCGACAACAUCGACCUGCAGCGAUCUGCAAGUCUGACCUUCGCCGAAAUCACCGAAAGAGAUGUCAGAGCAGUAGACAGAGAUACUUUGGAGCCCAUUCUGUUCCUGCUUCAGAAUCCCGAUAUCGAAGUACAACGGGCCGCCAGCGCCGCUUUGGGCAAUCUGGCCGUAAACACGGAGAACAAGGUUGCCAUUGUCGAACUCGGCGGUCUGGCGCCCUUGAUCAAGCAGAUGAAUUCCCCCAACGUCGAGGUCCAAUGCAAUGCCGUGGGAUGCAUCACUAACCUCGCAACGCACGAGGACAACAAAGCAAAAAUCGCUAGGUCCGGCGCCUUAUUACCAUUGACACGGUUGGCGAAAUCAAAGGACAUGCGGGUGCAGAGGAACGCUACCGGUGCGCUCCUCAAUAUGACACAUUCUGAUGACAACCGCCAGCAGCUGGUAAAUGCCGGCGCUAUUCCUGUGCUCGUGCAACUGCUGGGUUCUCAGGAUGUCGAUGUGCAGUAUUACUGCACCACGGCUCUUAGCAACAUCGCCGUCGAUGCAAGCAACCGUGCCAAACUAGCACAGACGGAGCCGAGGCUGGUGCAUUCGCUAGUCCACCUGAUGGAGUCGUCGUCGCCCAAGGUGCAGUGUCAGGCCGCCCUGGCGCUCCGCAACCUCGCCUCGGAUGAGCGCUACCAACUCGACAUCGUGCGCGCCCGAGGACUGCCAUAUCUCCUUCGACUCCUCCAAUCCUCCUACCUCCCCCUUAUUCUCUCCGCCGUCGCCUGUAUUCGCAACAUCUCCAUCCACCCAGCAAACGAGUCGCCCAUCAUUGAAGCGGGGUUCUUGAAGCCUUUGGUGAAUCUUCUUGGCUCCACUGAAAACGAUGAAAUCCAGUGUCAUGCUAUAUCGACCCUCCGUAACCUAGCUGCGAGUUCCGAUAAGAACAAGCAACUUGUGCUUGACGCGGGUGCAGUACAGAAGUGCAAAGAAUUGGUCCUCAAGGUGCGAUUGCCUGUGCAGUCGGAGAUGACUGCGGCCAUUGCCGUACUUGCGUUGAGCGACGAACUCAAACCUGCUUUGCUGAAUCUUGGAGUGUUUGACGUGUUGAUUCCCCUGACUGAAUCAGAGAGCAUCGAAGUUCAAGGGAACAGUGCCGCAGCUCUCGGAAAUCUCUCAUCCAAAGUGGGUGACUACACCAUCUUCAUUCAAAACUGGACUCAACCGUCAGGAGGCAUCCACGGCUACCUGCGCCGGUUCCUUGCCAGCGGUGAUCCUACCUUCCAGCACAUCGCCAUAUGGACACUACUGCAGCUCCUGGAAUCCGAAGAUGCACGAUUACUCGAUCUCAUUGCAAAGUCGGACGAGAUAGUCCGUAUGGUCACGGACAUCGCAGAACGCAAUAUUGAAUCAGAUGAGGAAGACAACGAGGACGGCGAGGGCGAGGUCGUGAGUCUAGCACGACGAUGCCUGGAGAUUCUGGGAAAGAACCCGAAAACGCUGGUCGAGGGUUGAACCUUUUGGAAUGGUCUCUUCUUAUACCCAUGAAAUUCACUUCUUCCAUUCGCUCGCUGUUUUGUUAAUGGUUUUCUCACCGACUUUCCGAUGUUUCAAGCCGGGGCAUGACCUUUUCAUUCAGUUUGGUGGCGUUUCUCGUGGUCUUUGCCAUAUUCCCAUCAUUUCUAGCGAGCAUGGAUUGGAGCAGGAUAUGUUUCACAGCGGUAAUACCACCUUUCAUGUUCCCUGGAGCCACGUAAUGAUGCGACUUUGGUUUGGGGUCUGAUGCGGGGGUGGCAGGAUACCUUGGUACUAGGCUGUCUUAUCGCAACGCAAUGAAUAAAUGUCGCACUGUUGGGCAACCCUUUUGCG